ACGGUUCACAGCAGCGACGCGUAUUCCGACGCCGCCGGCCUUUGAGUGCGCCGUCGCCCGCGAUUGCAGAUAAUAAUAAUAAUAAUAAUAAUAAUAGUAUAAUAAUAAUAAUAAUAAUAUCAUACUCGCGGCGUAGACUCGACGCUGCCCCGGGGCCCUUGUGUUGCGCUCGACCGUCCCGACACGCACCAUGUCCUGCACCGUCACGUCCGUCGCUUACGCCGCGAUAGCGUUGAUCGCCGUCUCGAUCGUUUUCAACACACACGCCGUCAAGGCAGAAACUGAGAUACGGUGUUAUGUAUGCAACAGUCAUAAUGACACGGAUUGUGCUCAAGAAAWACUUCCAGAUCGUUUUAAAACCGAUUGUUCAAAAUUAAAUAUAGGUGUUUCGGAGAAUAGUCGCAAAAAUUAUACCCUCUGCAGAAAGAUCAUACAAACAAUCGAGCCGGAGGUCAACGGAUUGCCAUCAGAUAAAAAUCGGAUCAUUAGGACAUGUGGCUGGGACGCUUCAAAUUACAAUAAUAAAUGUUACCAUCGAUCCGGAUUUGGUGGUAAACAGGACGUGUGCACUUGUAUGACAGAUUAUUGUAACUCAGCGCAAAAGACAUACAUAGCUUUUGCCACUGUAGUGGCAGCAACAUUCGCUAUCCUUAUUUUGUAGAAACGAGAAUAUUUUUCUCAAACUCGAGAUAAAAAUUUCUGAUUUGAGCAUGGAGCCAUGGAUACAUGUAUUUUUUAUUACUGUUAAGAAGUCUUUGAAUAAAACCAGCAUCUGGUACCUCCAUGACAAAAAAUAAACUUUGAAAAUAAAAAACACUGUUUUUAUUA